AUGUCCAGUGGCGGCACCGGUUGCAGCACUGUGCCUGGGGUUGUCAAGCUAAAUAAUAUCUCGGGGACCACCCGGAGAGCCGGUAUUUCGUUCUGGAAUUGCGGACUUACACUCAUGGCGCCGCAAGCCGCCUGUUCGAUGGUUGCUGUCAAUGAGGAGACAGGGGCAAGCCACUGCGACGUUACUAGCUGCAUGCACACAGACUAUCACAUACGACAAGCGGGAGGUUUCCAGCCUGUUGGUCUUCCAUCCCCGUAUUCAGAGAAAGGCGAACCCGCCAAACAGGGAGAUCAAGGCGACCCAGGACACGACACGCGCCUCGCGCCCAGAGGUGAGUUUGGCGCGGGAAGGUUCCAUGGAAUCAGCGCCCAUCACAGCCAAACACCAGAGGACAAAAGCCCCACGGACGGCGAGUCAAGGAGCGGUCGUGGCGAUCGACUCGUGAUCACGACAAUCCCGGGGCCAACUUAUGUUUUGUCUGUUACUUACGGAGACUGCGGGCCGAAAUUUCUUUUUGGGGGGGAAGGGAACAAAACGAAAUGCCAGAAUGUCGAGCCAGCGCCGUCAAGACUGUUGGAAGAGCACAGGAUGUCAAAGGCUGCAGGGGUUGGAAGCCCAUCUGCAGAGUUAUAUUCGUUAAUUUAUCGCAAUCCUGGCAACCGAAGCCGCAUUGUCAGAGCAACAACAACAACGGCUCUCCAUCUCGGCUGCGAACAGCCGCCCAGGUAG